AGCCCAUACUUCAACACAGAAUAGUACGACCUAUAAUCCUCUUAAUCCAAACAGCCUGUAGGAACUAGGAUCUUCAGUUAGGUACAUCCUGCUUCUAAGUAGGAACUCCAAUGGAUAACGUUAGCAACAUCUUUCAAAAUGACCUACUCCCAUCUCUGGGAGCAAGAGCAAACCGAUCUAUCAAGUUGAGAAAAUUCAUCAUUUCUCCUUAUGAUGCGCGUUACAGGACCUGGGAAACAUUCUUGCUUGUGCUUGUUGUUUAUUCAGCAUGGAUCUACCCAUUUGAACUAGCAUUUCUGAGACAUCUCUCGUGGAAACUUUUCCUCGUCGAAAACAUUGUCAAUGGCUUCUUUGCAAUUGAUAUUGUUCUUACCUUUUUUCUAGCAUAUCUCGAUCGCAAGUCUUAUCUUCUAGUGGAUAAUCCAAAAAGGAUUGCAGCCAGAUAUCUCUCUUCCUGGUUCAUUUUUGACGUAUGUUCAACGAUUCCAUAUCAACCGUUUGGUCUACUCCUUAACAAGCAUGGAAAUGGCCUUGCUUAUAAGAUACUCAACAUGCUUCGAUUAUGGCGUCUUCGGCGCCUCAGUGCAUUAUUUGCCAGGCUUGAAAAGGAUAUCCGGCUGAACUACUACUGGAUAAGAUGCACCAAACUCAUUUCUGUUACUCUUUUUGCAGUACAUUGUUCAGGAUGUUUCAUUUACUUAAUAGCUGAUAGAUACCCUGAUCCAUCAAAAACCUGGAUAGGAGCAGCAAUACCAAACUACAGAUCAGAGAGUCUAUGGGUUCGAUAUGUGACAGCAAUUUACUGGUCCAUUACAACACUCACAACAACUGGUUAUGGCGAUCUCCAUGCAGAGAAUCCAAGAGAAAUGUCAUUUUGCAUAUGUUUCAUGCUAUUUAACCUCGGAUUGACAGCAUACCUCAUAGGUAACAUGACAAACCUGGUUGUCCAGGGAAGUUGCCGGACCAGGAACUUUAGAGAUAUCAUCCAUGCUGCCUCCCAGUUUGCUGCACGGAAUCAGUUACCUGAUCAAAUUAGGGAUGAAAUGCUAGCUCAUAUCUGCUUAAGGUAUAACACAGAGGGGCUGAAACAGAAGGAAACAUUGGAUAGUCUCCCCAAGGCAGUCCGUUCAAGCAUAGCGUGCCACUUAUUCCUCCCUGUCCUAGAAAAAGUAUAUCUUUUCGAUGGCGUUUCCUUUACUUGCAGGCUCCAAUUGGUUACCACGCUGGAAGCAGAGUACUACCCACCAAAAGAAACUGUCAUACUCCAGAACGAAACACCUACAGAUGCUUACAUAUUAGUUUCUGGAGCAGUGGAAGUGCGGGUAAUGACUAACGGAGGAGAAAAGGUUGAGAAAUUACUAUCAGGUGGUGACAUAUUUGGUGAAAUAGGAGCUCUUUGCAACACUCCCCAGCCAUUUACUUUCCGCACAUCCAGAGUUUCACAACUACUGAGGCUGCACACAACAGAGUUCAAAAACAUUUUGCAGGAAAACAAACACGACAAAGAAAUUAUAAUGAACAAUCUUGACCAGAAAAUGAACUCAGAUCAAAGGUUCACUACUAAGAUGAUGGAGAUAUGUCAAGGGGAUCAAAAUUUUGGAGAGCACAACCGAUGUUCUAUAUCCAAUCAAGUCAACGUAAAGGAUGAAUCAAAAGAAAGAGAAACAUUAACAUCAUGUUGCAGUGAUGAAUGUUGUAAAGAACUCAAUGAAUCAGACAGACAUGGAGCAAUGUACAAGACUAUUGAACAGGGUUUCUUCAAUAGAAACAAUGAUUUACCUGAUAAAGGUGCGGGUAUGGAAAAUCGUGUUUCUACAAGUCAGAUUGUAGACAUAAGAAAGGUAGAUGCACAUCAACAUAUAUUGACCGACAACUUCAUGACAGAAUAUCAAGGAAUUCAUGAUAGGUUCAGAAAGACAUAUCCAGUUGCUAGAGAACUCCAGGAGAUCACUCAUUCAUGCACAGAAGAUGGUUCCGUGGUUUCAGAAAGAAAAAGAGUGACAAUUCAUAUGCACCCACAGCAAAACAAAAGUUCGGCGGUGCCCUGUGCAAAAGUCAUAAAUCUGCCAGGAUCUCUGGAUCAACUAUUCAACAUAGCUCGUCAGAAGUUUGCCAGUUAUUCUCCUACGAAACUGCUCAAUCGAGAUUUUGCUGAAAUUGAUGAUAUAACAGCAAUUCAAGAUGGUGACCAUUUGUUUCUUGUGGAGAUUUGAUUAAGGAAGUUCAAAAUCAUGAACUGUGGAAAGAGAAAUGCAUAGGGUAUGGAAAGGAGUUCUUUUGUGAAAGUUGACAGUUUUAGAUCUAGGCGAAAAUGAAUUGGGCAACUUGGUGAAAUCAUGAAGAAAUGCCACACUGGAUUUAACUGGAGUGACAGUUUUAGAGUAGAACUAAUCUUAUUUUAGAAUAUACAUAUGGAGAUGUGAUGGAAUUAUUUUCAAAUCUGAUAUGUGCAGAUCAAAUGUUUUGGGAGGGCAGACUCUGUUGAGAUUGAUAGUUCUAGGGUUUCAAUGAAACAAGGGGGAAAUCCCCUAUAUUUCUCAAAAGAGUGGAUAGUUCUAGGGGAUUCGCAGAAAAUAUCUGUUUCUCCCA